GUCCGCGCCCAUCCUGCCGCCGGUGGUGGUCACGUGCUGAGGACGCAGGUUGUGCGCGAGGUCGGGGUUCGAUUCCGUGAAUGAGCCGGCGGCAGGAAGCGGACGGAUCGGAGUAGUAUAUCCGUGCGGGAGGGGAGGAAAGGAAAGCUCGGCUGUGACAGACGCACCUGUCUCUAUGUGCUACAUAGAGUGUUGGAAAAAUGACAGAUGACAGAGAUGUAUUACGGGAUGUUUGGUUUGGAAGAAUACCAACCUGUUUCACUUUAUCUCAGGAUGAAGUAACUGAAAGAGAGGCUGAACCUUAUUAUCUGCUGUUACCAAGAGUGAGUUAUUUGAUGCUGGUAACUGACAAAGCUAAAAAGCACUUCCAGAAAGUAAUGAGACAAGAGGAUAUAGGAGAGAUGUGGUUUGAAUACGAAGGAGUACCUUUGAAGUGGCAUUAUCCAAUUGGGUUACUUUUUGACCUUCAUGCAUCGAACACCGCACUACCAUGGAACAUUAUAGUACAUUUUAAGAAUUUCCCUGAAUCGGAACUUCUUCAUUGCCUCACAAAAGAUGCUGUUGAAGCUCAUUUUAUGUCUUGCAUUAAGGAAGCUGAUGCCUUAAAGCACAAAAGUCAAGUAAUCAAUGAGAUGCAGAAAAAGGAUCAUAAACAACUCUGGAUGGGCUUACAAAAUGAUAAGUUCGACCAGUUUUGGGCCAUCAAUCGAAAACUUAUGGAGUAUCCAACAGAGGAAGGAGGGUUCCGAUAUGUUCCUUUCAGGAUAUAUCAGCCAUUAAAUGAAAGGCCAUUUAUUCAGAAACUAUUUCGUCCAAUUAGUUCAGAAGGACAUCCACAUAAUCUUGGUGACUUGUUGAAAGAAAUGUUUCCUGCUGCUGUAACUCCUGAAGAUAUGGAGAAACAGUUUCAAGUAGUGAUUCACGGGAUUGAACCAAUGCUGGAAACACCAAUUCAGUGGCUCAGUGAACAUCUGAGUUACCCAGACAAUUUCCUGCAUAUUAGUAUCAUUCCUUUACCUAAAGACUGAGGAAGCAGGCAGCUCUGAACAGAAAAAAAAGCAAACCACCCCUGGACUUGCCAGAACAGUUCUAUCUUCUACUUCUACAGAACUUGUCGGAAGCAACUUGACCAGAAAUACUCACUGCUGCAAGCCAAACAGGAAGAGAUCCCACAACCUGAUAAUGGGCUGGUCCUAGUUUGCAUCACUACUAUAAUUCUGCUGUCGUCAUAAAACCUCACUUGCAGCAUGAAAACUUCUCAAGACCACUUGUAUCAUUUUUCUAGUAAAAUGGUAAACAUGAAAUUUGCUAAGGCACCAAGCAGUGGAAACAUGUAGUGUUUGUACUGUCCUUCUGAUUAACAAAUAACCAGGGGUAUUUCCAAAAGUGACCAUGACCAUAUUGAAGACUGAGAGAAUGGAAAGAAAAAUGUUUGUAAUUUCCAAAGGAUAGUAAUGGCUUGCAGGAAAACAAGUAGCAUUCUUUGCAGUGAUGCUGGAAAACAUAAUACAGAAGUUGUUCAAAGUCUCUAUUUCUGUGUUUCUCUUUAGCUUCUCAUUCUUUUGCCCUUCUUCUAUGCAUUCACCCCUCCUCCCUUUUCACUUUUUAUCUGUUUCCCUUUCCCCCACUUUUUCACUUUCUCUUUCCCUAUCCCCCUCCUCCUCUGUCUUGCUGUCUUGUCUCCUUUCCCUGCUGUACAAUUCCAGUUAUUGGGCUUGAUGUGUUAAAACCUUGACACAUUUUUAUCCAUUAAAUGAUUCCCAACCUUAAAUCAAGCAUUUUUGCUUAGUGCAGUUGUUUGCAUUUAAGAUUCUGAAUUAGACACAAUUUGGUAUUUUUACAUAUAUUCAUAUGGCAUUUGUUUUGUAACUUAGAUAAUGAGAACAUAUAAUUCUUAUCUCAGUUGUUAGACCGUAUAGCAUUUUAAGCAUGUCUUUUGCAUUUCAGUAAGUACCUAACACUCCAUAUUUUGUCAGAAUCAUGUACUUUACACUUCCUUUUGUCCCUCUAAAUAAAAGACUCAAAGUCAAUCAUUUAUCGUGCAGGUGACUGUGAAAUAUCCUCUAAUCAAAUUUAGAUUCCUUGUUUGUUGAAUAGCCUUACUUUUGCAAGAGUUUUUAUGGAGCAUGCUAUUAGUGGGUUUGGGUUACUUGUAACAGCAGCCUUGGAAAUUGCAGUCUGUAAUUGUAAUGGAACCAAAUUUGUUUCCCAAAGCUGCAUUCAACAUUGCGGCUAAAAAAAAAAAUUGGGGCGCAAGGAAAGGAAAUACAGGAAUCAUUAUUACUAAGUCAGGAGUUGCACAUCAAAGGACAAGAGAUACUUUCACGGUACUAAUUAUUAAAUAAAACUCCGGUCUUUGGAAAAUAUCUACCAAUGUCCUUGCUUUGCUAUAAGUUGAAAUGCUGAUUCCUUUGGUUGUAGCUUAUUGUGUGCACAGCUGUGCCUGUAGCAAAUUGUGACUGUAAACAGGAGAAAAAUCUGGCAUUUAGAAUUCCAAUUUGUUCCAAAACUAUGUGCAAUAAAUAAUUUGAUUAUAGUUGCCAGACUUUGGAAGUGGCGGGGGUGACAAAUUUCCAGAUAUUUCCUUACAAACGAACAACUUCCAUUGAUUCUGUAAUUGACUUGAACCAUUUACCAAUAAUGCAUUUCUGUAUAUUUACUGGUAUCCAUGAAUGUUUACUGUUAGCUAUGCUGUUUCAUAAGUGUGGAAAAUUUCUAAUUUGCAGAUCCAAGUGAGCAUUCAACAAAUGAAAUUAAAAUUAAAACUUACCAUUUGUGGUGAGAUACCUAUCUACUCUGAGAAUAAAGAAACCUUGGGGUCUUAGUAAAACAUAGCAAUUUGAGAAUGCUGCACUUGGUUUAGACCAAGUACUGAUUUAUACAUGUUUUCUUAUUUUUCCACUUCUGUGGUUCACUAUUCAACCAGUCAAUGAAGAUGCUCACUUGCAUAAUAUAUAGUAUGCAUCUCCCAUGUGGCCUUUUAACAGAGUUGUAAACUUUUACUUAGUUUACCAUUGCUAUAUGAAUGGCUUCUGACUUCUUUCAGGUAUGCAUGCUAUUGGUGUCCUUGGAAGAAGAGCUAAUAUGAUGAGAGUUAUCAUCUGCAAUGUAGCAUUUCAUUUUUUUGUAGCAGGAAGGUGGGUGACAUGAACACUUUUUUUUAAUUUGCCAUGAAAUAAUGAUUCUGUUAAGGGCUUACUUAAAGGUUUAAUGCGUUGAAUGAAAAUAAACAACCCAACUUUUUUAUGUAGUGAAAUCUUUUAUUAAUGGAAAAUAGCUUGGUGUAUGAUCACUGCCCCUUUCUGGUUACCGUAAAGAAAAUACUUAAGGCAUUAUUUUGUUGCUUUGUGAUAAUGGUCAAGGUUCAGGUUGGUAGAUGUUUGUUCCACCCAUUGUACACAUUCAACUGGUGAAAACUUUCAUCUAAUAUCUUGUACUCUUGUCCAAAUAAUGUAACGCAAUACUUGUGAUACUUAAGUACUCUUGUUACUUGUUUUAAUUAUGCAACAAGACUAGUUCUUUUGAUAAUAAAAAAAAAAAUCUUGGCCUUUUA